CAGAGUUGCCGCCGGAGGAAGGAAAGAGGGGGUGAGGAGGGGACAACUGCGACCAGAGAGCCGCGUCGUCGAGCGCACGGCCGGCGGCGGCGGCGGCUGCGUUUCAAGAUGGCAGCCAAGCGGAGACGCUGAGAGGAAAGCGGCCCGAAAAGCGCGCGUGUGUGUGUGCGUGUGUCACGACCGGGAGCGUGCGUCGUUCGGCGGGCGCGUUCGGCCCCUGCAACCCCCGGCCCGGCCGCCAUGCGACACUGGGACUGCCACACGGACGAUGUGUGCCAGCUGCGGUCGGGGUUCGCCAUUCCGCCUCCAGAACCAGGGCACAGCGGCGUCAACCAGCUCGGGGGCGUGUAUGUCAACGGGCGGCCUCUGCCGGACUCGACGCGACAGAAGAUCGUCGAGCUGGCGCACUCCGGGGCCCGGCCGUGCGACAUCUCGCGCAUCCUCCAAGUCUCCAACGGAUGUGUCUCCAAGAUACUCGGAAGGUACUACGAGACGGGCUCUAUCCGGCCGCGAGCCAUCGGUGGCAGCAAGCCGCGCGUGGCGACCCCGGACGUUGUGGGCAAGAUCGCCGCGUUCAAGCGCGAGUGCCCCUCCAUCUUCGCCUGGGAGAUCCGAGACCGGCUCCUCUCCGAAGGCAUGUGCUCCGGUGACAACGUGCCCAGUGUGUCCUCCAUCAACCGGGUCCUGCGCAACCUGGCCGCGCAGAAGGAGCAGCAGCAGGCCGCCGUGCAGGGCGUGUACGACAAGCUGCGCGUGCUAAGCGGCGCCUCCCCGCUGGGCUCCGCUGCGGCGGCGGCCGCAUGCUGGGGCCCGUGGCAGCCCGCGCAGCCGACGCCCACGCAGCCCGGAGCACAGGGUCCACUGGCCGCGGCCGUGGCGGCGGCAGCGGCGGCCUCCACCACGCUGCACGCGGCACAGCACAACAAGGCAACCGCGGAGCUGGACACGGAGUCCCAAGAGAGCGGCGACGACGAUGCGGCGGCACGUUUGCGACUCAAGCGCAAGCUUCAACGGAACCGAACCUCCUUCUCCAUGGAGCAGAUAGAGGCGCUAGAGAAAGAAUUCGAGCGCACCCACUACCCGGACGUCUUUGCGCGAGAGAGGCUAGCCGCCAAGAUCGACCUGCCCGAGGCACGUAUUCAGGUCUGGUUCUCCAACCGGCGGGCCAAGUGGCGCCGCGAGGAGAAGCUGCGCAGCCAGCGACGGGACGGCGCCGGCAACGGCGGCGGCGGCCUCGGCACCGGGUGCAGUCCUCCGCGGCCGAGUCCCGGCUACGCGAGCCCGCUGUACCCGUCCCUGCACGCGCCCUCGGGGUGCGGAGGGGGCAGCGGCGGCGUCGUGCCGGACGUGUACGGCAGCGGCUCGCCGGCCACGGGCUACGCGGCGGCCGCGGCCGCUGCUGCGGCGGCUGCGUCGUGCCUUCAGCAGCAGCAGCAGCACCACCAGCAGCAGCAGCACCAACACCAGCAGUCGCACCACGGCUCGGCGACGGUGCCGCCGCCCCCGACCUCGCCGUACGCGCCCUGCGUGCUGGGCCCGUCGGGAGGCGCGGCGACCGCCGCCGUCUCCAGGUCGCCGUACGACUCGAUCACCGGCCCCUACCCGUCCAGGCCGUCGCACCUCAACGCUCAGCUGGCCGGAGCCGGAUCUACGGGGCUCAUUUCUCCGGGCGUGUCGGUGCCCGUGCAAGUGCCCGGCCACAACAGCGGCGACCACCUGGCGUCCAGCUACUGGCCUCGGAUCCAGUAGGCGCCGCCUGACUCUGCGGCAGAGGCGAACGGGCGCAUGCCCCAGCGGCUGGGAUACUUUUGAUGAUGGCCGCGGCGUCGUAACCCUGCACCGGAAUCCCAUCACCGACGUAUCGGAAGCGAAGCACAGUUCGGCACUGCGUCUCGCGAAGGCGAGAUCAUUUCUUGCUCGUAUGUGGAGAAAAAAGAAAGAGAAGGCGCUUUCGGCCGCCUUGUUGCAUCGCAGACGUGCUCCACCGAGCUCCCCCACCUGCCUGCAGAGAGCUAAUCGCGCAGUGGACCGGCUCGAAAUCUUGAAGACGGCACCAGUAUUUGCCACAGAUAUAUUCGAGUGCGGCGGGCAGGAAAGAUAUAAAUACGAACAUUGGCACGCGCGUUUCUCUCAGCGUCGAACUUCGUGGUCUAACUUCGUCAUCUAGAUGACGAGGUGCGCGUGUGGGCAUGUUGCCAGACGUAUUGCGCAUAAAUUUCCGUGCGAACUGAACCGGCCGUGCUCAUUUCAAAAAGACGUUGAACCAAGCUUCAAAUGGGUUUCACUUACGCACAGCCCUAUUGUUUCACCGUCGACGACAGGGACAAGAAGUUAAAAAAAGCCGCAAAUGUAUAAGUAACCCCCUCCGCUCCCCUUUUCCUUUUCAUGGUAUGAAUCAAAGUAUAGACUUUAAUCGGACCACAAUCGCCGUGGCCUAUACAGUGUGGUCUAAUUAUAUAUACCGUGUUGCGUCCGUCCAACCACGAUUGGCACCCCUCGCUUUUGCUCGCACGGGCGCUUUGCCGAACUGUGCCUCCAAUUCGAACGUGAAGCUCACCGCGAGCCACCGUCGUACGUUCAACCAUGCACCGUCGCCUCAAGCGGAAGACUGGUGACGCCGCAGAGUCUGGGCUGCUCUCACUGGCAUCCGCCGCCCACGCAUCCCACGGAUACGGGCGACCUCGCGAGAAGACUGACGUCACUGCAGUGCAGGAUGUGCCGGCCCUCUGACCCCAUCCCUUCCUGUGCUGUGAAACUGUAAUGGACCGACAAGGAACCCAGUGACAAUUGUGCGCGUGCUUCGCAGUUUUAUUAUUUGUGAUCCGUUUUAUGAACAACGUGGGAAACGUCGAAUCGAUUCUCUGCACCGACUCGCCGCCUAUCGAAAAGUCUCGUGGGAAUUGACGCUGCAUGCUGCCGUGUAGUGGCGCGGUCGCUGGACUUGACGUGGGGCGAACAAAGUAAGAACUCCGAAUGUGGCGGCCAUUUUUUUGCACGGGAUUAAGGAAUGCAUGAUUUGCGGAGCCGGGUCAUAGCGGGACCGCGUGCAAGACGCUCGCACUCAUCGGAAAAAAAAAAAAAAAACUCGACAUAGAAUGUACUGCGGGUGAUCGCAAGCUUUCGGCACACUUUUGCACGAAAGAUUUAUAUGAAGGAUACACUAACGACGUAAUUUAAUGCUUAAUCAUAGCCUCGAGGCUUGCGUGCUCGUUACAGUCGUUAACAUCCUUCGUGCAUUCUUUUUUUCUGUCGGAAACUUCAUAUUAAUAUACAUCCACACGCUUCUAAGUCACACUGAACUCUUCUCAAAAAUCUCUGCGAAAGCACAGGAACCGUUUUCACAUGAUCAGUGGAUGAAGAGGUCGUCGCAGUAAUAGCGCUACUGUUGACUUACGAACGCUAAAACUGUGCUUCCAGCUGAGGCAAGGGUAUUGUGUUCGAGGAUUAUGGUAGCGCUGAAAUACACUGCGGCUGACAUGGUUGCGAAUAGGCGCAACACAUUUGUAGGUGCGCACUCAUUUCUCGCCCCUGAGUAGUGCGUCAGCACAACGCACGGACGAAUGCAAUCGAGAAACGGGCAAAGCGUACAGAAUUAACAGGCGGGUCACAUAUCAGCACGCGGGAUCAGAUAGGCUAGCCUGUCAAAAUCAUACAUAUACGUACUAUGAUCGAAUGGCCCUUCAGCUUGGUGCAUAAAAAGGCAAUCUUUUGUUAAAUUAAGUGGGCGAAAUGUAGCCUUUAGAAGACAGGUGAGAACAGACACGCGUCUUGUCUGUCAUUUACUACGUGUGUCUUUAUUCGCGCCUGCCUUGUAAUACUUCGUACACUAAUGCUGCCUGCUUCUACUUCUAAUAUAGUAUUCCUUUAUUUCUUUCCGUUCCGUGGUCGCCAUAUAUGGCGUGUUCUACUGCUUCUAAACAGUCAAUUAGGCUUGGAUCACGUGAUUUAUUUUCCGAGAUAUACAUUCGUCGAAGAAACAAACAAAAGAAUCAAAUCUGUAGCACUAAAGAAAUUCCCAUAACGUUGAGCAAUCGUGUCGUCACCUACGUUCUUCCCCAGAUUCGGGCAGGCAAUCAAAGCAUGUCGGCUAAUGACAAAAGAGCGGCUGGACGAUCCGAGCAUUAAUGCUGUGGCAGCAAAACGGCAGCACGAUAUCGGAUAGCCUCGGGCGACGAGUCGGUGAGCGCGGAAAGGGCAAAACUGCAUGCUUUAUACCAGAGCCGCGUAUACCUCAACGAGUGAACCGGAGGUGUGCAGAGACGUUCGCACGUGAGACUCGAGAACGCGGUGUGCGCGUGUACGUGUGUGUGUGUGUGUGUGUGUGCUCGUGUGUGCGACGUGGAAGAGACAUGGUCGAAGCGCCGGCGCGCGUGCUCCCCGUGCUGCAGCCACGUGAUGCACUUUCGGCUCGAACGCUCUAGUGCCUCGCAGUUUUCGUAAAUAAACGCAUUUCAUCGUCACA